GUAAUCCUCCCCCAUCCCCGAGAUUCUCAAAUAUUAUUUUUCGAGCGGAGAAGCACGCCAUUAAGAGGCUAGCCUGGCUGUCAUCCGGGUGUUUGGCUCCUUCGCGGACGGCUGAAGUCGCCUGGCCGCUGUUUCUCGUCGUCCUGCGAAUGCUUGUUGCUAGGAUGCGAGGCUGUGCCGGCUAAAGUAAAGGGACUGAGAAAGAAUUUCAUGUUGCCUAAUGUAGUGUGAAUGAGAGGGACUCCACUACACAUCUGCCACAAUCCUUUUGUUUGCCAGUUGCAAAGACAAAAACAGAAAGAUGGGAAACAGUGCCUUAAAAGCACAUUUGGAGACAGCCCAAAAAACAGGAGUAUUCCAAUUAACUGGAAAAGGCCUUUCUGAGUUUCCUGAAGAUCUACAGAAGUUGGCAAGUAAUCUCAGAACAAUAGAUUUGUCCAACAAUAAGCUUGAAUCACUCCCACCUUUUAUAGGAAAGUUCUCUGUAUUGAAAAGUCUUGCUUUAAAUCACAACAGACUGACUGUAUUACCUGAAGAUCUCUGCAAGCUGAAAAAGCUGGAAAUUCUACAUCUGAACAAUAACCAAUUGACACGUUUACCUAGCAGCUUUGGACAACUUGCAGCACUAAAGACUCUGAGCCUUUCCGGAAACAAACUUCAAACCAUACCUGUUCAGCUAUGCAGUCUUCAUCAUAUAGAUGUGGUAGAUCUUUCCAGAAAUCAGAUCCAGACUAUCCCAGACACAAUAGGAGAGCUACAGGCCAUUGAACUGAACUUAAAUCAGAAUCAGAUUUCCCAGAUCUCCUCUCAGAUCUCUCAUUGUCCACGCCUCAAAGUUCUGCGCCUUGAAGAAAACUGUCUAGAACUAAGUGUACUACCUCAGAGUAUUCUUGGUGAUUCUCAGAUCUCUCUGCUUGCUGUAGAGGGUAAUCUUUUUGAGAUCAAGAAACUCCGGGAAUUGGAUGGCUAUGACAAGUAUAUGGAGAGAUUCACUGCUACAAAGAAAAAAUUUGCUUGAACUACUGUGCCAGUUUUAUUCCGUGAAUGAAGACAAGAACUGUGACUGAUGCAUGGAUCCAAAAUGCAACAAGCCUGUUGGGAGAAUGGCUUUCAAGCCUUUACAUAAAGGCAAGAGAACAGUGGCCUCUUGGUUUCAAAAUGCCUUGAUGUUUUAGAUCUCACAAAAUGAAUCCAAGAAUUGGUAACCUUGGAUAUAAUACUUAACAUCCACUUGUUAAGCUUCCAUCUACAAAGAUUAAGAAGAAAAUUACAAAAUGACCUGAACUGAAAAGGUUUUGUGACAGUUCCUGACAACUUCAUUACACAGGAGGCAGGGCAGAUGGAGAUAAUGGGCUAUGUGUGUAGGAUCAUCUGCCAGGAGGCUCACUAAUUCAAUAUAGAUUAACUCUGCAAUGCAAAUCCAUCCAUCUCUUGGCUUUAAAUAUUUUACAGUGUAUUUAGGGCUGGCCAUUUGAAAAAUUACGUACAAUAGAAGCACAAAUUAUGGAUGAGCAGAUAGUGUCUUAAUGUACAUAAUAAAACAAAGUUAUCCUAGAUUCACAUCACAGUCAUUCUCUAGAUGGUUUGUCUUCCACUUGCUAGUCAAAUAGUUCACCUUAGUGUGCUAAACUGAUGGCUUGCAUAAUAGGACACUGUUUGCAUUUGAAUCUUCAUGGGAGUAACAAACUCCAAUGUUGGGGGGGGAGGGUUAGAUCACUGUAUUGAUGCCUUAUGCAAAGUACCCAUCGAUAUUUAAAAUAUGCAACCUUGGAAUAAUUUACAUGCUUUUUACAAAAACCAUACCUCCACAACUUUCUUAAACUUUUUUGGCACCUUUUGACAAAAUAAGCUGAAAUAUAUUCUUAUGUAAUUGGAAUGGCAAACAUGCAGCUGAAGCUUUCUGUAAAAUGUACUGUUCGUGAAAUUUAAAUUAAAAUGAAAAGCAACUCUACAAUCCUAGAAAAUGGUCAUAAAUGAAAAUGAUUGGAUGUUUCAUCGUUGGGUUGAAACACACAAUAACCCUAAUGUGAUGUGAUAUUCUUACAAAUUUUUUUUUCAUACCCUACAGGUUCGAGUUAUAUUUCUCAUUUUUUCUGCUACUUGUAAUCACAACUGUAAAGUCCCAUAUAUUGCAUGUGUUAUAAAUCAACGAUCGGUACUAUUAGUACCAAUGGGUAAUCAUGCUAUUUCUUCUAACACAGCAGAGCUGGGAAUGAGAGAUUGAAGGUGAAAGGAGUUGGGUCAGUUGUGAGACUUAGGAAAUAGUAAGUUUCUCUUAAGUGCGGGGAGGGGGGCGGACGGACAGGACUCACAACCCAUGAGCUGGAUGCAUCACACACUGGCCACACCCACCGUUUUAGCAAAGGGAAAAAGAUAAAGUUUUGAGAGUUUGACCACCCUGCUCUUAACUAUCGUUAGCUGUUAGGUAUCUUCAUAUUAUAAUUAAUAAUUCCUUGCCAAAUGAUUUGUGAUGCAGACAGAAAACUGGACUUUACUUCUAAAGUUCUGCUUAUGUUAAUAUAAAACUAAACUUUGAGUUGUUUUGAUUUUCCUCUACUAGCCACUUAAGGCGACAAAAACAGUAAUAUAAUUUUCAACAAUUUCAUUGUUUCAUUCAACUUACAUCAGGUAGGAUUGUCUGGUUUUUGAAGAAAAACAACUUUUAAGAUUUUGGGGGGGAAAACAAUGCCAUUCCUAUCUAUUAUAACUAGAUUGGGAAUGUGAUCUAUUCCUGUUGUUAGUACUCCCUGUAAUAUGGCACCUGUAUUUGACUUGUACAGAAACAAUGGUUCAAGGUUUUUCUACUAAUGCUAUCUUAUUUGUUUCAUGCUAAACCAUGUUAUUUUCCUAAUUCUGAUGGAUAUUAGGUUUAUUCAAGAAACUGUGUUUUAGUUCACACAUUGCAUUAAGCCUAUGACUGAGUAUUUUCUUCACCUCCCAAUUCCUCAUGUAACAUAAGGUUUUUUCUUGAAACUUUUUUUCUUUCCAUUAUGAAACUCCAGAGAAAUUUGGAAUUCCUAGAUCUUGUUUUUUUCAGGGUGACUAUCCCAUCAGCCCAUAUCAAU